AUGGAUAAUUCCGUGACCCUCCUCGAGCACUUCCUCUACAUGGAAGACGGCGAUGAUGACGUCAUCUACGACGAAAACAGAUACGGUGCGGCCGCAGCGAUAGCCUCGAGCAAACAAAUGCUGACGUCAGCCCUCCAUUCCAUGAAGCACACCCAAGGAGUUCACGUAAAGAUUGCCGAUUUAGGCCUCGGAGACGGAGGCCACACGUUUUCCACGGUGGACACGGUAGUUGAGGUGUUACGGCGGAAGCUGGCCGCGAUUUACGGCGGAACCGAGCCAGCGUUUGAAGUCUUCUUCUCAGACCUGCCCUCUUCGGACGGCUUUGGACAGUUCGAAAACAGAGUUACCGACUCGGGGAAGAAGUACCACGUGGCUGGCACUCCCGUCUCGUUCUAUUGGCCGCUGUUUCCUAAAGGAGAGCUCCAUGUUGUUGUGACCACGAAUGCCUUACAAUGGCUCUCUCACGUACCGAUAAAGGUGAUAAAGAAAGGAUCGAAGACAUGGAAUAAGGGAAGGGUGUGGAUUGAAGGAGCAGAGAAAGAAGUUGUGGAGGCGUACGCGGAGCAGGCAGACGAUGACUUAGUCACGUUCUUGAAAUAUCGGAAAGGAGAAAUUGUAGUAGGCGGAAUGUUGUUUAUGUUAAUGGCUGGUCGACCUUCUGGUUUAGAGAGUCAAGUCAGUGAUGACUCUCCUUUCAAGCUCAGUUUCACAACUUUGAUGAAUCAAACAUGGCAAGAAUUAGUAGAUGAGGGUUCAAUAGAAGAGGAUAAAAGAGAUGCUUUCAACAUUCCGUUGUACCUUCGAAACACUGAGGAAGUCGCGGCUGCGAUAGAACGUUGUGGUGGUUUCAAGAUAGAGAAGAUGGAGAUGUUGAAAAUAGCUGACCCUAUGAAUGCUAGACAGCAAGAAUUUAUGAAAGAUCCGGAUUCUUACGGACGAGCCAUGGGUAAUUUGGUUCAAGCUGGUUAUAUAAAGCCAAUGGUUAAAGCAUAUCUUGGUCCUGACCUGACCAGCAAGUUCUAUGAACGGUAUGCAAUUAAAGCUGCUACCAACAAAGAAUUUCUCGCAAAGGAUUAUUUCUAUACUAUGAUCGCUAUUUCAGCGAUUCGGGUUUGA